AUGAACUUAAGUAAUAGUGACGAUAAAAGUGGGGAUGACAAUUUUAGUGAAACUGAUAAUGGUGUGAAAAAAAAAAAAAAAAAAAAGACAAAAAAACAAAUUGAAAAUAAUGAAAAAAAUGAAAACCCAAACGAGCUUGGAAUUGUGUUAUAUGAUAAUGAAGAAAUAUGCAACUACUUGAAUGUAGAAAAUCCAAAAAGAAGCAUUACAGAUGAUCGUGUAAAUGCAUAUGACGAGUUUAAUAAUAAGAAUGUGGAUUUAAAAGGAAAUGCAAAAAUAUUUAAUUUACUAAAUAAACAAGUAGAUUCAGAAGAAUAUAUAUAUAAUGAAUUAAAAGGUGAUUUUAUGAAAGAAAUAAAUUUACCUAAUAAUUAUAAUUAUGAUGUAAAUAUAAUAGAAAUAUGUGAAAAAGAUGUAAAAUUUUUUUAUAGAUGUGUAGCAAAACAUAUUAAUAAAAAAAAAGACAAGAUAAAAGUAUAUUAUAUAAUAAGUAAUUUUAUAUUUUUCUUUUCAAAAAUGUAUAAAAAUACAAUAAAUUUUGAUGAUAAUGUACAUAAAGAUAUUAAUAGAAAUUUCGAUUAUAAAAGUAUAAUAAUACAAGGAAAUAUGAUUCCUUAUAAUUUUUAUAUUUUAUUAAAAGCUCUUUAUUUAAUGAAUACUUAUAAUGUUAUGAAUAAUUUAUAUAUAAUGGUAGAUUAUGAUGAAAGAAAAAAUAAAUCUUUACAUUUUUUAAAUAUGAUAGAAAAUAAAUUUUACGAUAAUUUUAGAAAAUUUGAAAAAAAUAUUAAAUCAAAUUUUAUUUAUAUUCAUAAAUUUUUACAAAAUAUUAUACCAAUAAAUAAAUUCUUAUUAUCAAAAGGAAAUAUAUAUAAAAAUUCUGAAAAUAUUCCUUCAUCUUUUGUAAACGAUGAUUUAUUACAAUUACAAUAUAAUCCCCCAACUCAAACAGAAACAGAUGCUAUUGUUUUGUAUCAACAAACAGAUAAUACACUUCCUACUCAUAACAACAACAACGAUCCAUCUAUUGUUGAAACUUCAUUUACAAAUACUGUACAAAAUAUACAACAAAAUUAUAUCAUAUAUGACCCUUUAAAUAGUUACAAACUUAUCUCAAAUGUUGUAAAAAGACAUUGUAAAAUAAUCGAAGAAAAAGAUGUACAUAAAAUAAUAAAUGAAUUAAAUGAUAUUAAUGAUAAUUAUACUAAAUAUUUACUUAAAGAUAAAAAAUUAUUAUAUACUGUUGAAGGAUAUGAAAAAAAUACUCUUAUCCAUAAUAUUUUACUAAAUAAUAUAUUUUUUGAUACUUAUAUUUCUUCUAUUUGUAUAUACUAUAUUAAUAAUUAUAUGGACAAAUAUGAAGAAAUAAAAGCUAUUCCUUUAUUUAAACCUUCUUAUUUUAAUAUUAUGAUAAAUAAAAUUAAAAAAAAAAAAAUUUUAAAGGCUCAAAAAGAAGGUACCCAUACAGCCCAACAUACUGUAGAUAAAUUAUGUAAUAAUUUUUUUAAAAAUUCAUUUGCUUCAAUAUUAAAUACACAAACAAAGGAUGAACAAGCACGAGAAGGCUAUUCAAAAGAAGCCCCAACACAAUCACAUACUAAUGAUAUACCUCUUAAUCAAGACACUGCUAAUAAUAAUUCCUCAUCAAGUCUAAACAAAAUUGGAAAUAAUAUUAUGAGCAAAAUAAUGAGUAGUAUCACAUCUGGGAUUGGAAAUGAAAUAAAAAAUGAUAAUACUGCCGAAAAUGCUGAUACAAUUAUUAAUGCACAAGUAGAGAAUCCGAACAUCCAAAACAAUGACAAUGAUGACAAACAUAAUGAAAUGCCAACAAUUAUAAACGAAGCUAUUAUUAAAAAACAAGGAAUAACUAAUUCUGUUACAUGCAUAUUUGCUUUCAUAAAUGAUAGUAACACUAAUGUAUUUAGCAAAAAAGAAAAAGAAAUUCGUGAACUUAUUAUAUAUGUAUUAAAAAAAAAAGAAGCUGAAUAUUCAAAUGAUUUAACUAAAUAUACAUUCAAAUAUAGAAACAGUAUAAAUGAUGCAAUUACAUCAAGUGAAAUUGAAAUACGAAAAUAUGACAAUAAACAAUUAUUUAUUUUUGGAAUUGUAUUAUCUAAUGAUAUAUCUAAUCCAAAACUUCAAGUAGAUAUAAAUGCUUUAUAUAAUUUAAAUGAAACUCUUCAUAAAAAAUAUAGUUCAAAAAAAUUUUAUAUCCAAACUGAUUUAUUUACUUUUUAUUGGAUAUAUGAAGUUCAUGUUUAUGGUUUUAUAUCCCUAAAAGGAAAGGAAGAUGACCAUAGAAUUGUUCGUCACAAUGAUAAUAUUUAUAGAAUGCCCUAUGAUGUGAAGUGGGAAAGCAAAGUUUUGUGGGGAUAUUACCUGUAUGUAAUUCAAGACAGUAUUGAUAGCAAAUAUUCAGAAGAAACAAUUAGAAAACUGAGACAAGAAGGAAUUAAUUUAAGAUUAUGCUCUGAACAGUUUGAUGUUAAAAUAGUUGAAAACGAUAUUAAUGAAAUAUUAAAUAUGCAUGAUUUAAAUUUUAGUGAUUUAAAAUAUCUAAAUAAAAAUAUAUUUAUGAAUAUGAUAUUUUUAAUUGAAAAUGGACAUUUAACAUAUUUUGGUUUUAUGAACACAGAAAAUAUGGAAAUAAAUCAAAAAAAUCAUUAUAUAUCUAUAAAUAUUUUUAAAAAAUAUGUAUCUUUUCCAUCUUAUAAUUUUAGUAUACCUCUAUUAAAUGACUCAUGGAUCACAGAUGUUUUGUCAAGCCAGGCGCUACUGCCAUUCAAUAAUUACUUUUACAAAUUUUGA